AUCAAUAUAAAACCCUUUACACUCUUGUCCCCUCUGUACCAACCAAAACACAAAAAUCAAUAGAAAAAUGAAAGCUGACACUGCCAAAACAAUGAAGAACCAAAUUACUUGCAGAACAACUUUCAGCAACUGGAUAGAAGAAGUAGAUUUGCCACACGUUGUUCUUCAUUUUUUUGGUGUUGCUGGGGAUGAAAUUUAUCUUUAUAUGAGGCGUCCCAUUCCCAGAGAAGAAGAGAUAGAUUUUGGGAGGCAUUACAGGAGCUUCAGGAAUAACAUACUAGUACAACUACUUUCUGGACUUAUGUUUCCUUUAACAACUCUAUUUUAUGCUUUGACUGAGAAAGAACACAUGCACAUGAGCCCAGAAAAGAAGACGAAACUGAUUGCAUUCGUCAUUUGUGCGUACAUGGUGAAUAUUUUAAUGCUCGAGUUCUUAGGAUUUCCUACGGCAUUUUCACUAGAAAUACAAAGGCAGAUACGUCGGAGUAGGCGGCUUUAUGAAACUGUGAUGAUUACUAUAAUUUGUGGGAUUCUACUGAAACGAGUGGUAACUGUUCCUGUAUUUUAUAUUUUCCAGGGUCAUUCUGAAGAUGUUGAACACAAAUUUCCCACUUAAUCACGUUUCUGAAUUCAAGGUAUAUUAAGAGAUAUUAAGCAGCUAACCUUUUGUCGGAUCGAUGUCAUACUUUUUGAUUGUAAUAGGAGUUUUUCUCAGAGAAAUGUUUAUAUCAGUUCCAAUUUAGGUUCAUUACUGGAGUGGCUUUUAGAUUUAGAGGAGUUAAAAUGUGAGGUAUAUGUUAUAUGAAUAUUGAAUUUAAUGGUCUGUAAGUAACAUUUUCUGUGUAGGAAUACCAAUCUUUAUCAUCCAUAUCUUGAUUUGCAGUUUA